AUGGCCAAGUUAUCAUAUCUCCUUGUUCUCAUGUUUGUUUUCUCAGCUUUCUCAAUGGUUCAAAGAACGGACGCAAAGAGAUGCCAAAUUACCAUUGAGCCAACUGCUGGAUGUAUUCUUUCCGACUGCCGUUUAAGCUGCUACUCGGGAUAUAAUGGAGUUGGAAAAUGUUUCGAUGAUCCUAAAGUUCCUGGACGUGAUAACUGUGGCUGUCUCUAUAAUUGCUAG